AUGGGAACCCGCAACGCCGGUGGUGUAGAUAGGAUCAGCAGGCUCCCAUCAGAUAUCCUCGAGCGCAUCCUUUUCUUCACCGGGGUGAGGCAAGCCGUGCAGUUGAGCGUGCUCUCUUCAACAUGGAAGAAUCUGUGGAAGGCCAUGCCUGAUUUGUACUUCGAUGCAAGAGACUUCCCUCCCACCAGCGACCAAAACUGGCGCCUUUUCCAUUUCGCGCGCAGGGUCCUUGAGCUCCGAACUUGGAGAACACGGGAGCUUCGCAUUGUGGUCUAUGAGGACAUACAUCAACAGAUUCGUAUUUCUCCGCGUGAGUGGUUCAAUUUUGCAGCCCAGUGCCGUGCCGAGGAACAGUCUCUCUCCUAUCUUCCGCACUCGUCCUCAUCACCCACAUCAGGGAUCGUUAAUGAAAACCCUAGCAUUAUCAUCGUCUUUGGAAUGCUGCGGAGGCUGUCUAUUUCGGGGAUGUGUGAACCUUUUAGUGCAUUCGAACCACCUUCUGAUGCUUGUUCAUUGCUUGAAAAGCUUUCCAUCGUCGGCUGCAGUUUUGAUUCCGUCAAUAUCUCCUUUAGCAGACUGAAGCACUUGACAUUACACGAUUGCGGCGUAUUUCGAGGCAUCCGUGUUGCCGCUCCAAGUCUAGAAUCGUUUGAUUAUAGACAAGGUUUUUCUCGUGAUUGCAAGUUGGAGAACCUGCCUUCUCUUAGACAUGCUUCUCUUAGACAUGCUUCGAUUGACAUCUACCGUGGAAACUGGAGUUGUGAUGCUUUGCUUGGAGUCCUUCGAGCGAUUCAAAAUGCUACUUCGAUAACUCUGCCUUGGUGGAACCUUGAGGCUUACUACAAACAGCAGGGUUCAUUUAGUUGCCUACCAACAUUCCAUAAUGCAAAGCAUGUGACAUUGGUAUCAUGUGGUCAAAGGAAUAUAGUAUUGAUAAAAGAUCUGCUGCAGAAGUGCCCCAAUAUAGAGACUCUGACAACAAGACGAGAAGUUUAUACAAAAUAA